CUAUAUUGCUUAAAUUGUUUCUUGUUAUGUUUUCUUCUUGAUCUUUUGGAGGUAAUUAGAGAAUUAAGUGGCCUAAUUAUCUCUAGAGGCCCAAAGCUAUGCAACUUUGUGGAGUGGAGGGGACUCAGAGUUGUUUAUAAAAGAUAUGCUAGUCUUUACUUUUGCAUCUGCAAUGAUCAAGAAGACAAUGAAUUGGAGACCCUCUCCAUUAUUCAUCACUAUGUUGAGACAUUGGAUCGCUAUUUUGGCAGUGUUUGUGAGCUAGAUUUGAUCUUUAAUUUCCAUAAGGCAUAUUUUAUAUUGGAUGAAGUUAUGUUAGCUGGAAUGAUGCAAGAGACUAGCAAAAGAACUACUUUAAGAUUGAUAGCUGCACAGGAGGAGUUAGUGGAAGCUGCCAAAGAAGAGGCAAGUUCAUUGAGUAACAUAAUUGCACAAGCAACUAAAUAAGAGCUUCAUUGAGGAUUGUGAUUUUUAUUGCAUAGCUAGGCUGCAAAAUAAGUUCAUUUUUGGUGAGAAAUUGUUCCUAGAAAUCAUUUAAAAUAAAGUUUAUAAUAAAUGGUUUUGUUACACAUUUUA